UCUUCCGCUUCCCCCACGCUUCUUUUCCCGCUUUUUGCUUCCUCUCCCUCUCCCUCCUCCCUCUCUCUCGCCGCCUCCGCCUCGGCCCCGCUAGGGUUUCCGCCGACGACGGCCAGCGGUCGACCGGACGCCCGCGUCAGUGCUGAGUGACUGCAUCUCCCAUGGAUUUUGAGGCAGACCCCGAGCUUGUAUUUGGAGAGGAAUUCUGCUUUCCUGCCACCGCUUACUAUCCAACUCCAUAUGCCCCAGCUGGAACUAACCUGCCUGCUGAGUUGUAUGAGCCCCAGGAAAUUUGGGAUCAAUAUCUACAAUACUCGGGCCAGCAGGCUGAAGGCUCAUCAUGCUCGUAUUAUGUUGUCCCUGACUAUGGGAUUACACAUUCUCCCAUUGGCCCUUACCCUUCAGAACCUUCUGUUAUAGCUGAUGGCAGAUUUGUUGGAGCCCAAGGGUAUCUUGCUAGCACCACUGACAGCACAUACCAUCAACCAGUUCCCACAACCCCCUAUGACGCUCAUCCAUUUGCUGCACAGUGGGGUCCAGCUACCACGUCGCAAACUCUUACAUACACUGAUAGCUUGUUCAUCCCCAGUGGACAAGACCAAAGUAUCCCUGUUGCCCCAAACAAGAAUAUUACGUGGAAUCCAUCUGCACAGUCAACAAGUGUUUCUUCAAAGAAAUUUCAACGCAAUGCUAUGCUGCCAAAGGUGCAACUGCAUAGUUCAGAUCCAUGGAAGCAAGAUCCAGCAACCAGAACCAUGGUGCCUGCUAAGCUUCGUCACAUUCCACAGGCUUCACGGCAAUAUCUACAAGGGGGAGUUCCUUCGGUCACGUCGUCGCCACAGACUAAUCCAUCAUGCAACUCUAAUGCUUCAUAUGAUGGAUCUGACCUUCGCAAGAUGGCUGUAGCUGAAAAAUUCAAACCAAGUUCGAAGCCCAGAAGUUGUUUAUAUGGUUCCACUGGAAGGUUGAGUUGCCAGAACUUAGGUAAUGGAAAAACUGCAAUAGGAUCGUCAGAAAUAGUUGUCAAAUCCUACACAUCAAGCCUCCACAUUGGCGAUCCAGAGGGGAAAAUCAUCAUCAGGCCUGAUCAGUUCAACAGAAAUGACUUCCAGGUGGUGUAUCCCAAUGCAAAAUUCUUUGUUAUCAAGUCCUGGGGCGAGGCAAAUGUUCACAAAUCUGUCAAGUAUGGUGUCUGGUCGAGUUCUAUUCAGGGAAACAAGAAGCUGGAUCGUGCUUUUGGUGAUGCUCAACUGAUUGCUGCAAGUAGUUCUACCACGUGUCCUGUUUUUCUGUUCUUUUCGCAGGUCAACCAGAGUAACCAUUUCUGUGGUGUUGCCGAGAUGGUUGGCCCUGUUGAUUUUCGAAAGAACAUGGACUUUUGGAGCCAGGACAGAUGGGUUGGCAGCUUCCCAGUGAGGUGGCACAUCAUAAAGAAUAUACCAAACGUUGCCUUGCAAUAUAUCCUGCUGCAGAACAAUGAAUACAGGCCUGUCACCUUCAGCAGAGAUACACAAGAGAUACACUAUGGUCCUGGAACUAGUAUGCUCAAGAUUUUCAAAGCUACCAGAGUAAAUGAAUGCCUGCUUGAUGACUUCACAGUGUACGAGGAGGAAGAAGCAAGAAGCAUAAAAUGCACAACGUCUAAGCUUAGGGGUGAUGCUCCACGUUUCAUACCUUUCCCUAAACUAUAUGGCCGUGGUGCCUGUGUUCCUCGGCAACCUAAAGCUGACAAAGUACUGGUGGACAGAAUUAUCAGGGAGUCGCACAAUCUGGCAGACAGGCUACGUCAUGUUAAUUUGGACAUGCAUCAGGGUUCAUGGGAAAAACCUGGGAACUUGAUUAGAGAUUGUGCCACGACAUAUGCACAGAAAGAUAUCCAUUGCUACGGAAUACAAGCUCCUGAGAAUGUGGUGAAAGCUGUAGAAUUCCAGCCCCUAGCUUCAAACAUGCUGGCUGCUUUUGAUGGAGAACUCACCAGGGAAAAGGUUCAAAUCACCCCACUUGGAAAGGAGUACCCACGUACUGUUGCCAAAGUCUCACCAAAAGCACCCGAAGAGUAUCAAACUGAAGAUAAGAUCACCUUGGUGCACAGUGCAUCAGCAGCUCCAGAUACGAUUUAUCAAGAAAAAAAGAUCAUCAGGGAACAAUGUUCUCAUCCAAUCAAGUCGCAGGUGAGUGAAGCGUGCUCACGUUGCUCGAUUGAUGAUGUCAUUCGCAUUGGCUCCAUGCUGCUCCCCAUGAAGAUGUCCAGCUAAGAGAUCCAAAAACAUUUAUGUUACCAGCUCGAAUCGUGGUGGUGUUGCUUAUGAAUAGGAGGGUUCUCUUUCGGCUCCUGACUUGCCAAGUUCUUGAUUACCUGGAGUGUAUCCGUUCACAAUUUUAUACGGUAACCUGUGGGAAUAACUCACUUACAA